AUGUCCUUUACUUCGGUACAAGUCAUCGCUUGGAGUUGUGCUCUUGCGACUGAAGCUGUUGUUAUUUUCGUGGGAAACUUGCUCACAAUUAUACUGUUUGUACUUAACAAGAAACUGCGAUCUAAGAAAAGUUUAUAUCUUGUUUUGAACAUGGCAUUUGCUGAUCUGUUUCUGGGAGGUGUAUGUCUCCCUAUGAAUGUUUAUUUCCUGGCUUAUGGUCAAGUUAAAUUUGACGAAAAAACUCCAACCUUUCUUACAAUUGUUUUCUACGUUUUCGCACAAGCAUCAUUCAUUACCGCUGCUUUGAUAUCUUGUGAGAGAUUUUACGCCAUCUAUUGGCCGCUGAAGCACCGGCAGACACUUUCUACGCGAACAUACGGGCUCGUUAUUUUGACAGUUUGGACAUUAAGUGUCUUGGCUUCUCUUUUUAAAGAUUUUCUCGUGCAAUUCUUACGCCUGGUGGCUCUGAAUUCUGUACUGUGUUUAACCUUCGUGUCUGUACUUCUAAUCAUCAGCGGCCUCAAUUUUGGUGUUUGGAGAAAGAUUCAGCAACAAACUGUUCCUCAUAACCAACUUAGAGCCUUACAAAGACGACGCUUAACGAAGACUUUGUUAUUAGUAUCUCUCCUCGCCUUAGGUUCUUGGCUUCCAGUUUCUGUUUACAAUUUGAUAGCCUUUCUUGGAUAUAGGAUGUCUAAUAAUAUUUCUGUCAUAACGUACUUCAUCUAUUUCUCGAACUCGUUUAUCAAUCCAAUACUGUACGCACUAAGAAUUCCUGAUUUCAAAGAGGCUCUCAGUUUGUGCUGUUUUACAAGACACGAAGUGAUGAGCAGCCAAGAAAAUGCAGCAAGGGAUGAGAUGGCUGCACAUUUGACGCUAGUGAUACAGAGACGAACAUUGACAAUGGAUCGCAAUAAUUUAAAGCUCACUUUUGAACAGGAAAAUGUAGAAGAUACAAAAUUGUUAUAUACAACGGAAGAGCAACAAUAAAUGGUACAAAAAGGAUCAUGGAUAGUCAGGGCGUGGUCCGCAGAAAACAUAGCGGUGCCGAAUUCAUUGUAUGACUGAAUACUGCCUAAAUGGAACUUCAGCUUUGCGAUCCAUUUUACCUUGAAGAAUUUAAUCAAUGUUUAGCUCCUUUCCUUUCCCCGUCUGUUGGGUAGGCGAAAGUCGAUGUACAUGUAUAAACAUGGCUUUACCGCUUACAAACAUACCAAAAAGGGUGUUUUAUUCGUUAAUGACAAAUGAAAGAAUAUUUUUGGUUGUACAGACAAAGUCAAAAGCUAAACUAGAAGUUUCAGAGGGGCGGAAGAGACGAAUCGAACCAAUAUACUCUUUGGGGGGAGGAGGGGAGGGUUAUUUGCAUCAUCAUUUUCAGUUACAUCCAGUGAUUUUGCUACUUCUUCGUCCUGCGUCCCUGACGCAUAAAAAUCUCUUAAAAAAUAAUUGGAAGCCUCCCGUAGGACACAAAGAUCGAUCGAUCGAUCUGAAGAUGUCUUUGCAGAAAAUGCAGUUCGUGUGAUUUCCGUGGCUGUCGUUUAACGAUGCAUAUUUCUUUUAGUCCCCUCAUUUUUGUUGUUUAAAUAGAAGGACUUCUAUUUUAAUUACAGUAAACUGUUAUAAAGAGUUUUGGAGUCUGUCUUCAAAUUCAGUAACUGCCGGGUUACAUCGGACCAAAGCAUUUUCACUUUAGAACUCGUUGGUUUUUGACCCAGUGGGACUUAUUGAGCUGGUUAUUUAGACGUAUAGUAGUUUAACCAUGCGGUGUUUACUGAACAAAACCGCGUUCUCAGUCAAUUUCAGUUCACCCAACGCUGUUAUCUAAACACCAUUUGUAUAGUGAACAGUUUCAUUAAAGCAUAUAGUGUAUUCUAGAAAGCAUUUAUCUUCUUAAAAUAACCCACAAAUGAAGAGAUCUGGUGGUCAGGUGGUGACUACGUUUAAAUAUCCGACCCACUGGUUCUACACUGGGACUUAAGAUUACUCUCAAGAUGAGUCCUAGGACUCAUCACGACUUUUUCUAACAAAAUCACUGUGCAUUAUCGUUUGAUUUUUACUUGCAGAUACAACAAAAUCAAGAGCAAAUCGCUCUGAUUUUUACAUCAAAUAGACGUUUUACAGGAUACACGCUAUCUUUCCACGCGCGUACAGACUAAUUGGAUGAAAGCUUAGUAUUGACUUUCAAAGCACAGUUUUUGGAAACCAAUUAUGUGACCACCUGUUCCAUCCCUUCGGAGAAAGUCACCGGCCAUUUUAAGCGAACACUGCAUGAGCAUAUCUUUUAUUAGUGCAUGUAUAAAGUGCUCAAGACGCCUGAAUUCCAACAAUUCUUGCUUUAAACAGGGGCACCCAACGAGGAUAUAGUUCAAAACCACUUAACAUAGCAUUGUUGAACGUAUUUUAGUAUUUUAACGGUAGAUAUAGGCAUAUUUUUAUCCCCUACAAACUUUUCAUCUGUUCGGAUUUCUUAGAUGAAAGUCUAGUGAUCCGAAAAUUAUAGGGAUCAAAACUUAGCUUUUCGAAAAUUUCAGCCAGGAAAAGGCUCCCGAAAAUUCUAGGUGGCCUUUUUUAGGGUAAAUAUCCGUUUAAAAUGGGUAAUUAUACCAUUUUGUAGAUGUUCGAAAAUCCUAGGAGAAGCAGGCAAGCAAGAAAUUUUACAACAAAUGUUCCGAAAAUUCUAGUUCUCAAAUCGUCUUCUGAACAGAUAUUUUCCCGAAAAUCGCCCUUGGGUGCCCCUCUUUAAAAACAAUACCAGUGUCAACAAUAUUCUUAAAAGCCGUGUGAAACGUGAAAGCGAAAGACCAUUCGAUGUCAUCAUAAUGACAAUUUUCAUUCAAAAGUUGGAUAGCGCUAUCCACCGGAUAAAUCGCUAUCCAGUGGAUAAGUAUUACAAAAACUAAUAGCGUUAUUCACUGGAUAGUGAUUUAUCCAUUGGAUAGCGCUAUCCACCUUUUUAACAACUAAGGACUGGAAAUCAACAGAGUAGUCAAGCAACAGCUGUUGACAGCUGCUUUGUCCUUAUUAAAACUCCUCUGUGCAAUUCUGGCUCGAAGCUUUUACAAACAGAUCUAAUCAGCCACAAUAUGUGCAAAUGACAAGCAAUGAAACAAAGCUAAUUAUGCUACCAAUUUUCAUUCUAUUUUUAAUUCAAGUAUAGUAAUAUUUUUGGAAUUCAUUCUUUUUUACUAUUUCAAAGUUGUAAAUAAGUUGCCUUCAAAUUUUCAAACAAUUUUGAAUAUUUUUUUGGCGAGCGCUCUAUAUAGAGAAAACAGGUCAUUUAUUAAUUUUUUGCCGAAAAUCGUGUUUCGCGGGCAACGAGCAAAUCUAUGGACUGUGUGUAUUGACAUUUAGAACGAAUUCCAUUUUGUCCGGAAAGCAAGUGUCAUUUAAACUCUUACAAAACGCGAUGCACUAUUACAGGGCUAGCCUGACACACUUUUGUUAUAAGACUUUAUAGACCGCUAUGAUUGUCAAACUGUCGCGUUUGUUGUUCUGUCAGCAGGCCAUCAUGUAAGUUAUCCGCUUUAUCCAUUUUUACAUUUACUCAAAGUCACUGGCAGAAAAAUAACCAUCAUCACUGAACCUCGAAGGUCGCUACAAGUCUGUUUCUCAUGCAACACUAAAUAAAGAGUCUACAUCGACCAAGAGAUGACAAAUCAACCAAAUAAAUCAACCAUCACUCACCCGGACGAUAUGUCCUUUACUUCGGUACAAGUCAUCGCUUGGAGUUGUGCUCUUGCGACGGAAGCUGUAGUUAUUGUCGUGGGAAACUUGCUAACAAUUGUACUCUUUGCAUUUAACAAGAAACUGCGAUCUAAGAAAAGUUUGUAUCUUGUUUUGAAUAUGGCAUUUGCUGAUCUGUUUCUGGGAGGUGUAUGUCUCCCUAUGUAUGUUCACUUCCUUGCCGGACUACCGCUUCAUGGUCAGGUUAAACUUGAUGAAAAAACUCCAACGAUUUUCAGAAGUAUUUUCUUCGUUUUCGCACAGGCAUCAUUCAUUACCGCUGCUUUGAUAUCUUUUGAGAGAUUUUACGCCAUCUAUUGGCCGCUGAAACACCGGCAGAGACUUUCUACGCGAGCAUACAGGCUCGUUAUUUUGACGGUGUGGACAUCAAGUAUCCUUGGUUCUCUUUCUAUAGUUUUUCUUCUGCAAUUCUUAAGCCUGGGGGCUCUGAAUUCUUUACGGUGUUUAAUCUUCGUGUUUGCAAUUCUAAUCAUCAGCGGCCUCAAUUUUGGUGUUUGGAGAAAGAUUCAGCAAAAACCUUUUCCUCAUCACCAAAACAGAAUCUUGCAAAGACGACGCUUAACGAAGACGUUGUUAUUAGUAUCUCUCAUCGCCUUGGGUUCUUGGGUUCCAACUAUUGUUUAUCACUUGAUAGCCUUUCUUGGAUAUAGAAUAUCGAACAACGUUUUCCUCAUGACGUGCUUUGCCUUUUACUUUAACUCGUUUAUCAAUCCAAUAGUGUACGCACUAAGAAUUCCUGCUUUUAAAGAGGCUCUGAGUUUAUGCUGUUUUACAAAUCACGAAGCGAUGAGCAGCAAAGAAAAUUCAGGAAGGGAUGACAUGGCGGCAGAUUUGUCAGUGGAUCACAAUAAUUUACAGCUCACUUUUGAACGGGAAAUUGUAAAAGAUACAAAAUUGUGA